AUGCUUUUAAGUCAUUUAAUUAAUAAUCAAUUAAAUGCUGUUAAUUGUUUGUUGAUAAUUAUUUUCAUCUAUAUAUUAGUAAAAUUAUUUUAUCAUUUUAAACCAAAACAAUUAAUUAGUUCAAAUGGAAAAGCAGUACUUAUUACAGGUUGCGAUUCAGGUUUCGGUAAUCUAUUGGCCUAUAGUCUGAAUGAACGAGGAUUUCGUGUUUACGCCGCAUGUCUUGACCCGAACGGCGGCAUGGAUUGCGGCGGACAAAGAUUGGCCAAAAUGUGUAGAUUUACUGAUCAAAUGGUUGUCCUGAAAAUGAAUGUUACCGACGAUCGAGAAGUACACGAAGCGUUCAAUCAGAUUACUGAGGAUCUGGUGGCCAACAAUUGUCAAUUGUGGUCAGUGGUCAACAAUGCCGGCUAUAUGAUUACCAGUCCCGUCGAAUGGGGAACACUUGACGACUACGAACCGCUGUUUGCGGUCAACGUGUUUGGUCUGGUUCGGGUCACACGUAUAUUCUUACCGUUACUACGGUCAGCAAAAGGUCGGGUGGUAAACAUGUCGUCACAAAUGGGUAGACUAACGUUCAACAACUACAGUGCCUAUUGUAUGUCUAAAGCAUCGGUAAUCAGGUUUUCCGAUUCGUUGAGAAAAGAAAUGCAAACGUUUGGCGUACGGGUGGCCACUAUAAUGCCGGGCGGUUUCAAAAAUACUGGACUAUUGUCCAAAACAAUUGAAUCGAUAGACACCGUUUGGCUGACCACUGCCGAAUCGGUCAAAUCGGCGUACGGACAGCAAUCGUAUGAACAAUUGAAACGUAAAACCGUUAAGACAUUUGAAUCCGAUUCACUGGUGUCAACCGAUCCCUAUAUAGUGAUCAACGAUAUGAUCGAUGCCAUCAUGAAUACCGUUCCCCGCAAUGAUUACGAACCUAUCGGUAACUUCAGGUUUCAACUAUACUAUCGCUUAUACGUUAUUUUGGGCCGAAUUAAAACAAAAUAAUAAUAAUAAUUUGAAUUAGUCGGUAGUUUUGUGUGUUUCAGGUGUACUAUUGAUUACAUUAAUAUUUUUUU